AUGGAACAACAACAACAUGAUGAUAAUAUAAUUAUAGAAGAAACUAAUAAUUCAAUAACAUUUAAUGUUUGUAAUACAAUAAAAAGUAAAGUUAAAUAUGAAGAUUUUUCAAUAGAUUCAAUAAUGAAUUAUCAAGAAAUAGCAGAAGAGUUAGAUGAAGAGGGUAAUGUAAUUGGUGAACCAGUUGAACAAGCAAAAGAAAAAGUAAUAAUAAAUUCAAGUUUAAAUGAAAACUCUAAAUUUAUUGGUUGUAAUUCAUUUUUUCAUUCUGCUAUCAAAGCAUUUUCAGAACACCAUCAUUUAAAUAUACGUCCUGAUGAUAUUUGGAUGGCAAUUUUAAAUAAUUUUUCAACUUUUAUUAAUAAAUAUGCACAAGAUUUGAGAGACAAGUUGGUAGACUUUAAAGAGGGAAAGAAAUUAUUAAUGGUUGAAACUGACUAUCCAAUUUUAAAAGCACCUCAUGAUAAAUUAACAUUAGAAAUUAGUAAAGAAAUUGAAAAAAAUAUAAAAGAUCCAUCAAUUCGUGAUUGGAUAAUACCAAAUUUUUCAACAACCACCCAAACUGAUAAAGUUGUUUUCGCAUCUGCAUUAAUGUCAACUGUAAAAUCUUUUUUCGAUUUUAAAUGUUAUACAAGAUGUGGUUUACCAAGUGUUACUCUUUUUGGUACUGUUGAUGAUUGGUUAAAUUUAAAAGAAAGAAUUGAAAGAUUGAAAGAAUUUGAUAUUAUAAAAAAUAAAAACCAAGAGGAAGAAGAGGAGGGACAAGAGGUAACUAAUAAACCAAUUAUGAGUGAAUGGGUAUCAAUGCUUCAUCCAAUCAUUGAUGAAUUCAUUUUAACAGCAUCAGGUAAACCAAAUAUUGAAUGGUGGUCAUUAAUUGCUAAAGAAAAUGCAAUAAGUGGUGGGCCUAUUAUAAAUGGAUGGAUUACAGUUUUUUCAAUUUUUAAUAAAAAAAGUGUUUGUAUAUUUGAUAAUCAACAAUAUUGGUCCAAUGGAAGGGAAAAAAGAUUAUUAAAUCCUAAUACUUGGUUGAGAAUAGGUUAUCAUAUGGCUUUAAAUGGUUAUCUUUCUUCUCCAAUUCUUUUGGUUGAAGGUCCCAAUCAAUACAACUCAACUUUAUUUGGUGGACAUAUGGCAAUUAAAAUUGAUGAAAAUUCUCCAACAACAAUUUCCCCUUCACUUGAUUGGUGUUUGGUUAUUGAUAAAUAA